UGGGGGUGGGAAAGCGGUAUACCAGACGCAGCAAGAAAACGUCCGUACGUGCUUUAUCUUAGUGGCUGUGACGUGAUAUUGCAGCCCCAGUCCUAAGCAGGGCGAGCGAGCAAAGCGGUUUCUAUCUCUCCUCUAUACUUACUCAGUAUUCAAACAUCCGUCCGCUAAGGAUUUUUGUGGACUACCUGCUGCCUCGUCUCUAUAGGCUAAUAUCUCUGGAGAAAAGAAACGCGGGGCCCCGCCGAUGAUCCAUAGAGAUAUACCUUCACGGUAAUUUUGUAGAUUUUUCUCCCCCCUCAUCAUUCUACUAUUUCUCUAUCGGGCUGUCGCGAGUUGUUUCGCUUCACACUGGGUCCGUUUUGAUGGAAAAAAGCGACGCGGAGGAGAUGAGCCAGACCGGAGUCUAACGCAUUUUUUUGUCCAUUGACUAUCAUCUUGUUGCAUUGGACUUCUAUUGUGGGCUAUGGGAAGUCUCGAUUCGCAAGGAGACAGCACAUUUUGCUCUUCAUAAAGGAUGUGGUCAAGUAUUUUGGAAAAAUAGCCAUAGCUUCCGGAGUGUAAGGCCAAAUGACAUAGGAUGAAGGCUAUUCGUAACCAGUUGAUUUAUAUAUUUUCCACCUAUCUCCUGGUUAUGUUUGGAUUAACUGGUGCACAAGACUACUGGUGUUCCACUUUGGUCAAGGGGGUCAUAUAUGGAUCUUACUCGGUGACUGAGAUGUUUCCCAAGAACUACACGAACUGCACAUGGACGUUGGAGAACCCUGACCCUACCAAAUACAGCAUCUACCUUAAACUAUACAAACGAGACAUGAGCUGCUCCGAGUUCUCUCUGCUUGCUUAUCAAUUCGAUCACUACUCGCAUGAGAAGAUCAAUGAAUUGCUGAAAAACAACGAGUCUAUAGUGUACCUGUGUGAUUCCAAGAAUAUGUAUACAUUUUUGCAGUAUGACAAGAAUUUCGUGCAGCUACGGAGGGUUUUCCCUCACGAUUAUAACGGAUUGCAGAAGACGGACGAAGAGGAGAAGUCUGUGGUGGAAUUCUUGGUCUUGAACAAGGCGAGCCCCAGUCAAUUCGGGUGUCAGGUGCUGUGCACGUGGCUGGAGAACUGCCUGAAAUCGGAGAAAGGAACGGUGGAAUCAUGUGGAAUAGUGUAUUCGAAAUGCACCUGUCCCCAGCACCUAGGCGACAGAGAAUCAGAGAGUAUGCUCGUGCUUAACAACGUGGUUUUGCCUUUAAAUCCCCAAACGGAGGGAUGCCUGACUCCGCAAAUCCGUGCUGGGCAGGUGUGCAACAUCAGUGCGGAGGUCAAACGACCAGCAAAGGAGGGUGAGUAA